AUUUUCAUUAACUAUGGUAUGAAUAUUUCAUCUAUUAUACUAAAGCCAAAAGCACCAAAGACCAAUAAAUCAAAGAAAAUUUCUAAGAAGAUUGCAGACAGAAAGAAGAAUCCUCUCUUUGUUAAGGAUGCUAAGAAUUUUAGAAUUGGAAAUGAUGUUCAACCAAAACGUGAUUUAUCAAGAUAUGUCAGAUGGCCUCGUUACAUCCUCCUCCAUAGAUAAAAAAAGAUUUUAUUGCAAAGAAUCAAAGUACCUGCAGCUAUUCAUUAAUUCAGCAAAACAUUAGAUAAAAAUUAAAGUAAAUUACAAUUUUAACAUUAGGUUCCAAAGUUUAUUCUUUAUUGAAAAAAUACUCUCCUGAAACCAAGACUGAGAAGAAGCAAAGAUUAAUCAAAGCUGCUGAACAAAAAACUUAAAAUUAAAAAACAGAUUCUAAAAAAGUAAAUGUUCUUAAAUUUGGAUUGAAUCAUGUGACAACCUUAGUUGAAACAAAAAAAGCCAAAUUAGUUUUGAUUGCUUAUGAUGUCGACCCAAUCGAAUUAGUUGUCUGGUUACCAUAAUUAUGCAGAAGAUAAGAAGUACCAUUUGCAUUUGUUAAAAGUAAGUGUAUAUUUUAUUCAUUUCCUAGACAAGGCUAGAUUGGGAGCUUUAGUUCAUCAAAAAACUGCCACUUGUGUUGCAUUAACUGAUGUAAGAAAAGAGGAUUAAGCUGAAUUUGACAACUUAGUAAAAAAUUACACUAUAUAUUAAGGCUAGAGAUUUAAGAUAACAUUACAAUGAAAAUCAUGAAUUAUUGAGAACUAUUGGAGGUGGUCAAGUCGGAAUCAAGUCUAGACAUUAAUAAGAGGCUUUGAAGAAAGCAUUUGAAAUAGAAGAACUCAAAAAAACAAGUUAAUGAUGUAUAUUAUUGCAGUAUCAAAAAUAUUUUUAAAUUUAAAGAUGC